AUGGCUUCGUCCCCAGGGGAAACCGAGGAGGGGCCGGCGGCGGCGGCGGUGGCCCCUUCGCACCAGCAGCAGCACAUGAGCAGGAAGUCGGGGUCGGACAGCAACGUUGUCACCCGCCUGCUGCGCGACCUUGGUUCCCUCAUCGCCUCGCUCCUGCGCGCCCUCUGCUUCUGCUUUUUCGGAUCGCGCUCGACACCUACUUCAUCUGGACGCCGCUCCCCGGCCCAGGACCCCGUCACUUUUCCUCCCACCACCGCGCCCGCGUCCAUCUCAGACGACAGCCAUCGCUACAUCAACGACGACUCCGCGCAGAGUCGACGCCGACGACAAGACAUCGACCUCGAGCGAGGUGCAUCGCCAGCAACAGGAGCGCUACGCCAGGAAGAGAAGAGCGUCGGCGACCACGACGAGGCCAGCAGCAUGGCGGCCAGACAGUACCCCCAGCAGGCGCCCGCCCACGCAGUGGCCAUCCCGCGGAUCCCGCCGGCCAUGUUCAGCAAUGGCAGCGUCGGAAACAAGGAGAACGUCAGGGGCGAGGGAAAGCAGCAGCAACAGCCCCUCCAUCAACAGGCCCAGCAGCACCAGAAGCAGCUGGCCAAGGGCCUGCAGAGCCUGCGCAUCGACGAUUCCAAGGAGCAGCACGACGAGCUGCCCCAGACGCUGCCUCUGACGGCGGCGACUCCGACGACGACCGAGGGUGAGGUGAAGACCGACGGAGCCAAGGAGGUCGAGGUCCUGGACCCGGCGGUCGAGGCGGCGAAGAAUGUGCACAGGGCCUUUAUGCAUGAGGCGCUGGAGAUGGCCCGCCUCGCACUCCGCACCAACGAGACGCCCGUAGGCUGCGUCCUCGUCUACAAGAACCGUGUCAUCGCCAAGGGCAUGAACGCCACAAACGUCACCCGCAACGGCACCCGCCACGCCGAGCUCAUGGCCAUCACGGCCCUGCUGUCCUACUCGCCGGCCUCGGAUACGGAGCAAGGCGAUCCGAGCAACCCCGCAGACCACCCACACUACUGGGGCGACGUCGACCCCCGCGAUGGACACGUGUACCCCUACGGGCAGAAGCUGCACCCGGCACCGCGUGUGUCGAGAGAUAUCAUCUCGGAGUGCAUCCUCUACGUGACGGUCGAGCCGUGCGUCAUGUGCGCGUCUCUGCUGCGCCAGAUGCGUGUCAAGAAGGUCUACUUUGGCGCCGUCAACGACAAGUUUGGCGGCACAGGCGGCGUCUUCCGCAUCCACAAGAACUCGACGCCCGUGCCCAUCCCCACGGAGCCCGUGCCGCGGCCCGUGGACAUCGAGGUCACGCGCCCGCCGCUGGCGCCCAAGGCCCACUACGUCAAUGGGCAGCCGCGCGAUUCCAUCAGCAGUGACGGUGGCGCUAGCAAGCAUUCUUCUGUCGGUGAGAAUGGCAACGGUGGCGGUGUAUCUGGUCAACAGCCACGGCAGCAGCAGCAGCCGCAGCCGCCGCCGACACCCAUCACGGCCAUCGCCGAGGGCACGGUGCCGGGCGCGGGCCUCGAGGGCGACGGCGGCAACGUGGAGCCCGGCUACGACGUGGAGGGCGGCUGGGGCCGGGACGAGGCGGUCAACCUGCUGCGGCAGUUUUACGUGCAGGAGAAUGGCAGGGCCCCGGUGCCCCGGAAGAAGGAAGGUCGGGCGGCGAGGCUGGCUGCCAUGAUGGAGAAGGAGGGCAUGUCGACUGAGGGGCUGCCGUUUGUCAGCAAGGACAGCAAGGACGGCGACAGGGAUAGCGCCACUAGUGGUGGUGGUGCUGCGGGAGUGCAAGGGGAGGGUGAGGGUGGUGAAGGGGAGGUUGAGGGUGUCGAGCAAGGUGUGAAUGGCGAUGGUGGCGUUGCCGUUGUCGAGCCCGAGAGGGAGGAGGAGGAAGACCUAAUCGUCUUGAUGCCCGCCGCUCCGGAGGUGGAGGCUACGAGUCGCGAGGAGAUGUCGCCGCUCAGGUCGAUGCGCCGCGGCGGCGGCGCGAGGAGGAGAGGCGGUGACGGCGGCGGGGACUAG